AAUUUGUCAUAGUUUUGACAUUUCAUUUGCCGCUACUUAAUGCAUGUGUUAAAUUUGUUUUGUUUUAAGCUCGAAAAAUAACACAAACAUUUGCAAAAUAUUAUUAUAAGAAAUAUUAGUAUAAGAAACUACAAAAAAUGGCUGAAAGUAUGAAUGAUAAUCCUUCAACGUCAACAUCAACGGCAUCAAAUCAGUUUGUGGACGAAUCUGCAGAUACACCAAUUUGCAUAAUUGUUUUGGGUAUGGCUGGCUCUGGCAAAACCACAUUUGUAGAAAAACUAACGCAAUUAUCUUAUGCACAUUUCAAACCAUAUGUCGUAAAUUUGGAUCCUGCUUGUCGAGAAACUCCGUACCAUUGUAAUAUUGAUAUCCGCGACACAGUGAAUUAUAAAGAAGUUAUGAAGCAAUACAAAUUGGGACCAAAUGGCGGAAUUGUGACAUCACUCAAUCUUUUUGCCACAAAAUUUGAGAAAGUUGUGGAAUUAAUUAAAAACGCUGGACAAAAAGGACACAAAUGGUGUAUUAUUGAUACUCCAGGUCAAAUAGAAGUCUUCACUUGGUCUGCGUCUGGCACAAUAAUUACCGAAUCACUAGCUUGUAUGUUUCCUACAAUUGUAGUGUAUGUUAUGGACAUCGUUCGAUCCGUCAAUCCCACAACGUUUAUGUCGAACAUGUUAUACGCUUGUUCAAUAUUGUAUAAAUCACGUUUACCAUUUGUUGUGGUUUUAAAUAAGAUUGACGUGCAGGAUCAUUAUUUUGCUUUAGAAUGGAUGACUGAUUUUGAAUCAUUUCAUGAAGCUUUAGAAAAUGAUAAUAACUAUGUAAAUAAUUUAACACGUUCAAUGUCGUUAACCUUAGAUGAAUUCUAUAAAGAUCUCAAGACAUGCGGAAUUUCCUCGAAAACUGGUAUUGGGUUUGAUAAAUUUUUCGAUUUGGUUGCUGAAGGUGCCAAGGAAUAUGAAAAUGAUUUCAAAAUGGAAUACAACAAAUUACGUUUAAAAAAGCUCGAAGAUGAAAAGAAGAGUAAAACUCAACAGUUAGACAAAAUAGCAAAAAUGAAAGGUCCAGGUGAGGAAGUAAAAUUUGCUCCAUUGAUUGAAGAGGCUCCCACUGGUGCAGAAUGGGCGGAUGUGUAUUUAAAAUAUGAUGCUGAUGAAGGUUCGGAAGACGAAGAAGGUGAAGAGGAAAUGCCUGACUUAGAGAGCAAUAUUUUCGAUAAAGUAUUUGAUCAAAGUAAAAAAUAAAAUAUAUAACUAAUAGAAUUAAUAAGUAAGUUUAAAUAAAAAUUCAAAUCGUUGUAG